CUGGGGAGGGCGGGCUCGCCCUGCCAGCGGCGCGGCCAUGCUCAUCACGCUGUGCUACCUGUACCUGUGGGCGCGCUGGGGUCGCCGGCCGGCUGAGCUCGUGCGCGCCACGGUGCGGCGGCUGCGCGCCUCGCGCUGCUCCCUCACCUUCUGCGGCGCGGCUGCGCAGCCCCCCGGCGCCCGCGUGUGCCUGAGCCGCGGCGGCCGCGUCUUCUGCGUCAGCGACAGCCAGUCCAUUGAAGACUUGAACAAGUGGGCUCUAUUUCUUGUGUCUCCUUUUAUACUUGAAGCAGAACACAUAGCAUUUGUGACAGAGAGCAUUUGGGUACAAAGUGAGAAUUUACAGAGAUCAUCCUCUUCCUCAGAAACUAUUGUCAAGUGGUCAGACUGUUGUUUGCCAUUAGCUUGCAGACCUGGGGAUCCUUAUCGGCUAAUUGCUGAAGCAAGUGUGGACAACUUCAGCAAGCUGGGGGUGGCAUUCAUGGAAGAUAGACUCCACAUGGAUAAUGGACUGGUACCCCAAAAGAUUAUGUCGGUGCGCUUGCAGAACUCCACUCUGAAGGAAGUUAAGGAUCAGGCCUCAAACAAGCAAGCCCAGAUCCUAGAGCCGAAGCCUGAACCUUCUCUUGAGAUUAAGCCUGAGCAGGACGGUAUGGAGCACGUUGGCAGAGAUGACCCAAAGGCUCUUGGUGAAGAACCCAAACAAAGGAGAGGCAGUGCCUCUGGGAGUGAGCCUGCUGGGGACAGUGACAGGGGAGGGGGCCCCAUUGAGCAUUAUCACCUCCAUCUGUCUAGUUGCCACGAGUGUCUGGAACUUGAGAACAGCACCAUUGAGUCAGUCAAGUUUGCAUCUGCCGAGAACAUUCCAGACCUUCCCUACGAUUAUAGCAGCAGUUUGGAGAGUGUUGCUGAUGAGACCUCCCCUGCAAGAGAAGGGAGAAGAGUCAACCCCACAGGAAAGGCACCUAACAUCCUCCUCUAUGUGGGCUCCAACUCCCAGGAAGCCCUCGGCCGGUUCCAUGAGGUCCGGUCCGUGCUGGCUGACUGUGUGGACAUUGACAGUUACGUUCUCUACCACUUGCUGGAGGACAGUGCUCUCAGAGACCCGUGGAUGGACAACUGUCUGCUGUUGGUCAUUGCUACCAGGGAGUCCAUUCCUGAAGACCUGUACCAGAAGUUCAUGGCCUAUCUUUCUCAGGGAGGGAAGGUGUUGGGCCUGUCUUCGUCCUUCACCUUUGGUGGCUUUCAGGUGACAAGCAAGGAUGCACUGCGGAAGACAGUCCAGAACCUGGUUUUCUCCAAGGCUGAUCAGAGCGAGGUGAAGCUCAGCGUCUUGAGCAGUGGCUGCAGGUACCAGGAAGGCCCCGUCCGGCUCAGCCCCGGCGGGCUCCAGGGCCACCUGGAGAAUGAUGACAAGGACAGGAUGAUUGUGCAUGUGCCUUUUGGAACUCGCGGGGGAGAAGCUGUUCUUUGCCAGGUGCACUUGGAACUACCUCCGAGCUCCGACAUAGUGCAAGCUCCAGAAGAUUUUAACUUGCUUAAGUCAAGCAAUUUUAGAAGAUACGAAGUCCUUAGAGAGAUUCUGACAACCCUUGGCCUCAGCUGUGACAUGAAACAAGUUCCUGCCUUAACUCCUCUUUACUUGCUGUCAGCUGUGGAGGAAAUCCGGGAUCCUCUCAUGCGGUGGCUUGGGAAACACGUGAACUCCAAGGGAGAAAUAAAAUCCAGCCAGCUCUCUCUUAGAUUUGUUUCAUCCUACGUGUCUGAAGUAGAAAUAACCCCAUCUUGUAUACCUGUGGUGACCAACAUGGAGGCCUUCUCAUCAGAAAAUUUCAACUUGGAGAUCUAUCGCCAAAAUCUGCAGACCAAGCAGUUGGGGAAAGUAAUUUUGUUUGCCGAAGUGACCCCCACAACGAUGCAUCUCCUGGAUGGGUUGAUGUUUCAGACACCGCAGGAAAUGGGCUUAAUAGCGAUCGCAGCCCGGCAGACCCAGGGCAAAGGACGGGGAGGGAAUGCGUGGCUGAGCCCCGUGGGAUGUGCUGUUUCUACUCUGCUCAUCUCCAUCCCACUGAGAUCCCAGCUGGGACAGAGGAUCCCGUUUGUCCAGCAUCUGAUGUCCGUGGCUGUCGUGGAAGCGGUGAGGUCCAUUCCCAAGUAUCAGGAUAUCAACUUACGAGUGAAGUGGCCCAACGAUAUUUAUUACAGCGACCUCAUGAAGAUCGGCGGAGUUCUGGUUAACUCAACGCUCAUGGGAGAAACAUUUCAUAUACUUAUUGGCUGUGGAUUUAAUGUGACUAACAGUAACCCUACCAUCUGCAUCAACGACCUCAUCACAGAAUACAAUAAGCAACACAAGGCCGAACUGAAGCCCUUGAGAGCCGAUUAUCUCAUCGCCAGAGUCGUGACUGUGCUGGAGAAACUGAUCGAAGAGUUUCAGGACAAAGGGCCCAACAGCGUCCUUCCCCUUUAUUACCGAUACUGGGUCCACAGUGGUCAGCAAGUCCAUCUGGGCAGCACGGACGGACCAAAGGUGUCCAUCGUUGGCCUGGACGAUUCUGGCUUCCUCCAGGUUCACCAGGAGGGCGGCGAGGUUGUGACUGUGCACCCCGAUGGCAACUCCUUCGACAUGCUGAGAAACCUCAUCCUCCCCAAACGGCGGUAAUGUGGGGCGUCCCUGAGACGGGGCUGGGCCUGCCCUCCUGACUCACCGGGCCUGGCACCUGGGCAGCAGGCGAGGAUGCCACUGGGCUGGGGUCCGAGCCCAGUGCAGAACCACCACCGUGAGCAUUCAGCUUUCAUCGCGGCCGCCUGUCCGUGCCCACGCAUCUGGAAAUCUAAUUUAGAGUUGUAGGUGAAUUUUCUCUUCCUGCAAUUCAUUUGUGAAGCCUUUGAUUCUUUUUCUAUGUUUCUGUUUUUUGUUUUAGGUUUGUUUUGUUGUUGUUUUCUUUGGUGUUUGAAGAGGCUCUGGGAUAGAUGGUUAAGAAGUAGAACAUUUAGUUUAGGGAAAGCCCUCCCACAGGUGGGAGAUCGCUCUCCCCUCUGGGGCUUGGACUUCUGUUUAUUGUCAGGGGGAGUUUUUACAUGGAAAUGGCAAUGGGAGAAUUCAGAUAUUUUCCCAGUAGUGGAGACCUUUACCCCUAGUCUAUGAAAAAACAAACUGGCCGGGUGCGGUGGCUCAAGCCUGUAAUCCCAGCACUUUGGGAGGCCGAGACGGGCGGAUCACGAGGUCAGGAGAUCAAGACCAUCCUGGCUAACACGGUGAAACCCCGUCU